AUGAAUCAUGAUAAUCCACAUGGACUUUUGAAACAAAAUCAUAUAUCAAUAGGAUUCAAGCAAAUAUAUGAACUUAAAGAUAAACAUCUUAAAGCUGAUACUUUGCUACGAUUAAUGUGCAAAUCUGCCAAAGAGAUACGAGACCCCGUUAAUGAUAAGAGUUGGAGAGAUAUGAUCUAUGAAGCACUACUUGAAGCAGUGGAGAAUGGGAACAAGGAAUUUUUCAUCGAGAUAAUAAAAUAUAACCCUCAACUUCUUUGGAUCUUUGAAGCUGUCUCUGGCCGAAACCUCUUUCAGCUGGCCGUUGUAUUCAGGAAGGAGAAGAUCUUUAACCUCAUACAUGGCUUAGAUAAUAGAAAGGUCGCGCUACUUAGAUCUCUCGACAAAGAUAACAACAACAUCCUCCAUAUAGUCGCUUAUCUAUCUCCUCGACCAGACCAUCUAUCCAAGAUUUCAGGAUCUGCCCUAAAGAUGCAAAGAGAGAUUCGAUGGUAUAUGGAAGUAAAGAGCUUGGUAUCAGAACGUGAAGUGGUGCAAAAAAACAACGAGAAGAUGACACCACGGCAAGUAUUCGAAGUGUCUCACGAGCCUCUAAGAAAAGAAGGAGAAGAAUGGAUGAAAUACACAGCCACUGCUUGUAGCUUCGUGGCCGCUCUCAUUGCAACCGUUACUUUCCAAGCCAUAUUCACUGUGCCUGGAGGUUAUGAUGAGACGUUGGGCAAGCCUCUUCUUCUUAAAGACUUGCAUUUCACGGCGUUUAUCAUUUCAGACAGUCUCGCCUUCUUCACCUCUUGCACCUCUGUGCUCAUAUUCCUCAGCAUUUUGACCGCAAGAUACUCUUUUGAUGACUUCAUUGUAUCGCUUCCUAGAAAGAUGAUAUUUGGUCUAGCCAUCUUAUUCUUCUCCAUCGCAUCGCUGCUUGUUGGAUUCAUCACUGCUCUUUCCUCAACGAUGCGUCAAAAGCCAACGCUUGUAGUCCCCAUGAAGCCACUCGCUGCCCUCCCUGUCCUUCUCUUCUUGAUGUUGCAGUAUCCUCUUCUCAAGGAGAUGAUUUCUUCCACGUAUGGCAAAAGACUCUUCCACCGCGAUACAAAAAGUUGGCUAGAACUUCCUGGACAAGAUCAACAUGCUAAUGUAACUUCCGUUUAUGUAGGAUCUUCACAUGGUCAACACUCAGUUAACAGUCAUCGAAGCCAGUAGGCAGUACUGAUAGUCAAGUUUCCUUCCUUGCUCUCUCAACGGCUAUUAUAUUCUAAAUCUCAUUUGUCUCUAGCCGUUAAGACUCUUAUUCAUUUGUGUAUCUGUUGUUUUAAAAGGUUACUAAUAUAUUGUACACGCUUUUAAGCAGAAAUUAAUAAAACUUUUUUUUUCUCAUAUUUCCAAAGAACAACCAUCCUGCAGCAAGAAGAUCAUUAUUCUUCGACUGAACAAUUGUUAAACAAAGAAGGUUUGCAUUAUACCUUCCAUAAACAAGAUCAUUAUUCCAUCUUUAGUCCUUUUCGCAACCAAACCAAACAAACACGAGAAGUAUUUUACAGAAACAUGUUUAUUAGUCGUCAUUCAUCAGUUUGAUGUUUCAUUUUUAAAAGGGAAGUGACGAAUAGUGGUAUAUAUAUAACGUAUGAUGAAGUGCAAAAGGAAAACAAAGGAGAUGUAUAUUUUUCUUUCCAUUAUAAAAGCAAUCUUUCAUUAAUUACUAAUUAAAUGUAUUAACAACAAAACGUACACGUGAGUCAUAUUUCAAAUUAAUAAUUUCAUAAGGAAUUAAGAACCUUUAUUUGUCUUUC